GAAGGCUGGACGGAGGAAUGGGAAAUGACGUAAGGAUUGCGGAGGGGCGCGAGGUUUCAAGAUGGCGGUAGCUGAGGUGUUGACCGAGGGGCUGAGUUGAAGGCCCUUACCGGUAAAAGAGGCCGGGAAUCGCUCCCUCCCCGCUUCUCGCAGUCCUGGGAGCACAGCGGAAGUGUUUUUCUUUUUUAAUGAACAAGUAAACCAUAUAGAUUGUCAACAUGGGACGGAGAUCUACGUCAUCCACCAAGAGUGGAAAAUUUAUGAACCCCACAGACCAAGCCCGAAAGGAAGCCCGGAAGAGAGAAUUAAAGAAGAACAAAAAACAGCGCAUGAUGGUUCGAGCUGCCGUUUUAAAGAUGAAGGAUCCAAAACAGAUUAUCCGAGACAUGGAGAAAUUGGAUGAAAUGGAGUUUAACCCAGUGCAACAGCCACAAUUAAAUGAGAAAGUACUGAAAGAUAAGCGUAAAAAGCUGCGUGAAACCUUUGAACGUAUUCUGCGACUCUAUGAAAAAGAGAAUCCAGAUAUUUACAAAGAAUUGAGAAAGCUAGAAGUAGAGUAUGAGCAGAAGAGGGCUCAACUUAGCCAAUAUUUUGAUGCUGUCAAGAAUGCUCAGCAUGUGGAAGUGGAGAGUAUUCCUUUGCCAGAUAUGCCACAUGCUCCUUCCAACAUUUUGAUCCAGGACAUUCCACUUCCUGGUGCCCAGCCACCCUCCAUCCUAAAGAAAACCUCAGCCUACGGACCUCCAACUCGGGCAGUUUCCAUCCUUCCUCUUCUUGGACAUGGUGUUCCACGUUUACCCCCUGGCAGAAAACCUCCUGGCCCUCCUCCUGGUCCACCUCCUCCUCAAGUCGUGCAGAUGUAUGGCCGUAAAGUUGGUUUUGCCCUCGAUCUUCCCCCUCGUAGGCGAGAUGAAGACAUGUUAUAUAGUCCUGAACUUGCCCAGCGAGGUCAUGAUGAUGAUAUUUCUAGCACCAGUGAAGAUGAUGGCUAUCCUGAGGACAUGGAUCAAGAUAAGCAUGAUGACAGUACUGAUGACAGUGACACUGACAAAUCAGAUGGAGAAAGUGAGGGGGAUGAAUUUGUGCACCGUGAUGACGGGGAGAGAGACAACAAUGAAGAAAAGAAGUCAGGUCUGAGUGUACGGUUUGCAGAUAUGCCUGGAAAAUCAAGGAAGAAAAAGAAAAAUAUGAAGGAACUGACUCCUCUUCAAGCCAUGAUGCUUCGUAUGGCAGGUCAAGAAAUCCCUGAGGAGGGACGGGAGGUAGAGGAAUUUUCAGAAGAUGAUGAUGAAGAUGAUUCUGAUGACUCUGAAGCAGAAAAGCAAUCACAGAAACAACAUAAAGAGGAAUCCCAUUCCGAUGGCACAUCCACUGCUUCUUCACAGCAGCAGGCUCCCCCGCAGUCUGUUCCUCCUUCUCAGAUACAAGCACCUCCCAUGCCAGGACCACCACCUCUUGGACCACCACCUGCUCCACCAUUACGGCCUCCUGGGCCACCUACGGGCCUUCCUCCUGGUCCACCUCCUGGAGCUCCUCCAUUCCUUAGACCACCUGGAAUGCCAGGACUCCGAGGGCCUUUACCCCGACUUUUACCUCCAGGACCACCACCAGGCCGACCCCCUGGCCCUCCCCCAGGUCCACCUCCAGGUCUGCCUCCUGGUCCUCCUCCUCGGGGACCUCCACCAAGGCUACCUCCCCCUGCACCUCCAGGUAUUCCUCCACCUCGUCCUGGCAUGAUGCGCCCACCUUUGGUGCCUCCCCUUGGACCUGCUCCCCCUGGGCUUUUCCCACCAGCUCCCUUGCCGAACCCUGGGGUUUUAAGUGCCCCACCCAACUUGAUUCAGCGACCCAAGGCGGAUGAUACGAGUGCAGCCACCAUUGAGAAGAAAGCCACAGCAACCAUCAGUGCCAAGCCACAGAUCACUAAUCCCAAGGCAGAGAUUACUCGAUUUGUGCCCACUGCACUGAGAGUACGUCGGGAGAAUAAAGGAGCUACUGCUGCUCCCCAAAGAAAGUCAGAGGAUGAUUCUGCUGCGCCUCUUGCCAAGGCAGCACCCAAAUCUGGUCCUUCUGUUCCUGUCUCAGUACAAACUAAGGAUGAUGUCUAUGAGGCUUUCAUGAAGGAGAUGGAAGGGCUACUGUGACAGCUUUUGAUGCCAGAACAGGCUUCUGUUCAUAACAGUGGCCCAUGGAGAAAGAGGCUCUUAUUAAACUUAGAUGAAAGAGCUGCUUCCAUUGUCAGGGUAUUUUCUAAUUUCAGUUCAAGGAAUAUCCUAAAAUUUAGCCUUGUCCAGAAUUUACUGCACAUAAAAGAGAGUAUUUCAUUCAGAAUACAUCAGUUAUUGAAGCAGUGCUGCUAACAUCUUUCCCUUUCACACCACUGUUUUCAUCCUGUUUCUUCACCAGUUCUUUGGAAAUUUGUGAUCAGAGGGAUCCUUGUUGCUUAUUUUGUUUUGACUCUCUUCUUGUGUGCUGUAGGCACUGGAGUAGAGAUUUCUGACAAAAACAGUUUAUUUCAUCUUGCCUUUUCUGUUUAUUUUUAAUAUUUUCCUGUAAAUAUUUUGUAAUAUUUUACUUGUAAUGAAAUGGAUCACAGUGUCAUUUCCUAAGACAAGGCAGGAUAUGUGGGAAGAAAAUGUACAAUUCUUUGAUUAAAAUUAUUUCCCACUGACCUAAAGUUUGAGUGAUUCGUGGGAAAAAUAAAUAAAUGUUCUACACCAAGA